AGUGGCCAGUUUUCAGAAUUUCAGUUUUCACAACGUCAGAGCCUCAGAGCCUCAGCGUCCAUUGUCCGUGUCACCUGAAAUCAAAAUCAGACUUCUUAGUUCUUACUUCAUAGUUACAGACUUCCCAGCUACAAGUUACAACUUAGCACUGUGUCCUUACACGUGGAAUUAAAACAAUGGUUGAAACAAAAGAGUUAGAAAUCAUCCUGUUAGAAACAUGUCAGGAUUCUAAAAUUCCAUAGUUACAAGAAAUAACAUCAUUGGUGCCAUUUCAAAUAGGAAAACCUACAUCAAGAAGUCUACAGUAACUGUUAAAGCUGCCUCCACCUCCAAUGGAAAGCAAGAACUUCCUUAAGUGAUCAAUUUCAAGCAUCAUUCAAAAGUUUGCAAGUUCCAGUUUAUAUGUGAAUACAACACUAGUUGCAGUUCCAUAUCAGGAGACGAGUUGAAUUCUGCACUGAAAACUGAGGGAUCAUCUAACCAAUCGAAAAGAACAAUCUGUGCCAUUAAGAGCCUCCAUCUAGAUGUUUCAGAGCCGAACUGGAUGCGUAAGAUCUUAUUAAACACCGGGCCGGAAUAGCAACUGACAAUAUGGUGGUGACGUCCGCCGAAAGAGGUUGAAUAAUUAAUAACUCUCGUCCAGUGAUCCACCGGCUACUCACAUCUAGCGAUAACGAAAUUCCUGCUUCAAUCAAGUCAGUUUUGAGACGAUCCUGCUCGCUGUAGGUCCUAUCAGAAUUUGGAUACAAUCAUGGCUAUUUCUUUGCCCGUUGAUUUGCCCGGAAACUUGAAAAGGAUACAACCAUACCUGGAGAUUGCCGAUGAUUACGAAUCCAAUGAUCCGUGUAUCAGUUACUGGUGCCGAUUAUAUGCUCUUAAGCAAGGAUUUCUCCUGGAAAGAGUAGAAGAGGAUCUUUCGUUUUUGCUUGUUUUAAUCGAUCUUUUGGAAAAGAACAAACAGGAUUUGCAGUCUAAAAUAGAGACCACUGAUAUUCCUGUUGCUCGAGCUCACCUUGAAGAUGCGAUCCAGAAGCUGUUAAGCUGGGCAGAACAUGUGCCGCCUUUGAGAUCAUUAACUAAUGUUGUUGCUGAGGUAUUUCAGUCUGCUGGAAUGCUGCAAGAUGUGUGCUCCGUAUUUGGAAAUCCAAGUGAAGGCCAAUUCGAGAGAAAGAAGUAUACCAACUUACAUGAAGAAAAUUGGCAUAGUGAACUCCUUUCGGCAUCGACUACAAAAAAAUCAAACAUUUACCACCAAUAUAGCAAGAAAUUAUCGGAAAACUUAGUUGAUGGAAUUUCCGAAGAACUUCAGAAUGAUGAGGCAAAGUCACCCAAAGUUGCGAAACAUUACGAACGGAAAAAGAUUUACGGACGCCUUUUCAUUUUACAACUGCUGAAUCAUCCAGUAUCACAGAAAAAGCCGGAAGGCCUGCCCAGUCUGGAAAUUGUUCGAAAUAAGAUGGGACGAAAUCAAAUAAUCGCCGAUAGACUAUUGGGUGUUCAUCAGCAGCAGUAUCAACUAAGAUCCAACUUUAAUCCCAAGAAGAUCUGCCUGAUCUACAAGAUAGUUCGCAAAGAUCGUGAAGAGCAAAAGAUGGAGUUAAACAACCCACUAUCCCAGGAACCUUCUAGUCCCUUGGGUGGCCGUUCUCGUGGUUCCAGUGACUAUCGCUGGAAUUCCGAUAAGAAUAGCAGUAGUAGAGGCGGCAGCAAGGAACGUUGGAUACCUAAGGCGUCUAGAGAUGCUGAUCAAAUAGGAGGUAAAGGCGUCACUUCUUGGCGUCGAGUAGCCUCAAGUGAUACGACUCAAUCGUUGAUCGGUGGCGUUGGUGGUUGUAAACAAAAACAGAACUCCGGUUUCUUUGGUUUACGUAGUCAACCGCCUUCUUGUGAAAACUCCGUUACUCGUCCCGUCUUUCGCGAAACUGCUCCACCACCAUCGUUAUCACGCGAAGAUGUACUUGUUGGUAAAUCUACCGUGACAGACGACGAGAUUGAGCGAAAAUCUCGUUCGAUUCUAGGUGAAUAUUUCACGAUUGAGAAAAUUGAAGAUGCUAUUCUCGCCAUGAAGGAAUGGCUGCAUCCAUCGACCAUAGCCAGAUUUAUCAAUCAAUGCUUGCUGCACGUACUAGAACAUAAUAAACAAGUACGUAGAGCGACAGGCGCUUUGUUGAAGGAAAUGGUUAAAAGACAACUGUUUAAUUCCUCUGACCUUAUGGAAGGAUUUACUAAACUCUUCCAAUCGGCUGAAGACUUCAUCGUGGACAUUCCCAAGUUGUGGGAAUAUGUGGCUGAGCUGGUUGAACCUCUGUUCGAAGAAGGCGUGAUGAAUUUGAAGUUUCUUCCGCAGUUAUCAUCGACCCUGAGUUCAUCUUUGGUUGUCGAUUUUGUAGCUGCAGUUCUGAAGGAAUUAGUCAGAGUACAGGGUGUGGCUGGAGCUGAAAGAAUACUUAUCAUGUCGAAUGCACCAUUAACCAGUGUUUUACCAUCUGCUGUGGAUCUGAAUUCGUUCCUCGCCCAACAUACGGAACUCGAAUUCCUUUCCAAAAUCAAUUCUACACCAAGGGGCAGUGACAGUGUUGGCAAUUCCAUCAGUAGUGCAACUUCCGCCAGCCAAGUCAACAUCGAAUUCCAGCACAGCCUAGAGAAAUAUUUGAGAGACGCGACCCAUUUGACUACAAACGACAUCUGUAGCUGGAUUCAGAAACAAUAUGUUGGUGAAGUGAAUUCCGCUUUCGCUCGUGCCUUGGUCACCGCAGUAACGGAGAAUGCUAUUGAAGGACGUGGUAAGGACAGUAAACUGAACAGCACUGUCUUGAAAAAUCGGAUGGAUGUAUUGAAGAGGUAUGUUGAUAACAUCGCUGAUCGUGAGCUUCAACUGCUUUACGCAGUUCAGGCUUUAGUCACCCAACGACAACACCCCAAAGGUUUAAUGCAAGGCAUCUUCGAGACUCUCCAUGACAGUAACGUCGUUUCUGAAGAGGGCUUUGAGUCGUGGGUGUCUGUCGACGAUCCUUUGGAACGUGAAGGCAAAGCUGUGGCACUCAAGAUGAUCACACCUUUUUUUACGUGGCUGAAGGAAGCUGACUCUGAAAGUGAUCAAUAGGCGGAUGCCUUAUUAAAAGCAUAUAAAGGAGAAAUUGUGUGAGUGUGUGUACCGUGUGAGGGUGAGGGUAAAGGGUGAGGCCAGAGUGUGCAAACGUGUAAGUGGGGACCUUUUUCAACUGAAUAUUUGGAUGGAUUUUUUUUAGCCACAAAAAGAAGGGGGAAAUUUUUGAUAUUGAAGAAUCAGUCAGAAAGCGAAAGGUAUUAUUUGAAUAAAUUUUUAGUUUGUUUUUUCGAUUCGUUUGAUCGUCAAAUUAAAACAAAAAACAAGUGAAAAUUAUUUGAAAAAUCAUUUUUUGUAUUGGUUUUUUGUAUGUGUUUUGAAAAUUGCAUGAUCGAUUUACGUACGCUGGAUAAGAAACAGAAACCAAUAAUUUCAUUAAUGUACUUUCGCUAGUUGAAACUUGAAAUGGACUAGUAAUUCCUUUGGAACGUUCUACUCAUUCUCGCUCCUUCUCCUCCGCGUGAAAGACAUACAUAUUACAAAUUCUGUGAGUGACGGUUUUUUUAUUUAGUAGAAAGAUAAGCGAAUUGAAGGUGUUCAAUCCAGCAGUGACCAACUUGUAUAAAGGUAGUUCCAGUGUUCCAGCGUCAACAGAUAAUAAAACGGAGGCCGUCCUGUACCGACAUUGGGUUCAAGAAAACUUCACCAUAGUCCGGCUGUGUGGCUAUGUUCCUCAAAUGAAACAUCACGCGCAUCUCUGAUUGGUUCACAGCGCUCUCUUGCUAUACUGCUGUCCGGGUAGAUAGGUUCUCCAGGAAAAUUGUGGAACUGGAUUGCUACUCACGUGAAGGAUGAUGUGUGCUGUAGCUGGACGAUUUCUUCAAACAGACAGGUUCAUUUUACAGUCGAUCCUCAUCAACAUCUUCGGCUUCCUCUUCACUUCCAUGGACGAUAUUUUAACAGCUGUAGCCAACCGGGCAAUCAUACUCUGUCUAAAACUGUAUUUGAGAGUCCAGUCGAGCCUCUUGGAGAAUUGAUUGAAACAGAAGGUCUCAAGGCCAAUCAAAUGAGAUUGCGUUAAUCGACCUAACUGCAACCAAGAAGCUUGAUUCGAUCGGGUUAGCAUGUCAACAUAUCGCUUUAAUCUUUUUGAAUCGGAGGAUCGGAUCGAUCGGUGACAAAUCUAAAUAAGUAUGAUUAGAUUAACUGUAUAUUAUGUAUAUAGAUGUAUUGUAUAUUAUAAUGUGAUCUAAUGACUACUACUUUAAUUAGUAGAAGCAUCCGCUAAUUUUUUUUUCUGUGUUGUAGUUCGUGCUGGCGAGUGAGGAGCAAAUUUUAAAUUUACAACUAAAACGGAAUCUCAUAGUAUUUAAGGGAAAAGAGUUGUUGUUGCUCUUUUUUGUAUGAUUUUGGUUUUUGGUUUGAGUUUUCGAGUAACAACCCGAUCAAUAACCAACGCUUCUACGCAGAAGACUCUUUCUCCGACGUCGACGAUAGAUUUAAAGAAAGACCGGAUUCGAUGGAUUAUGCCUACAACAACGGAAUGGCAGAUCCCAUGCAACAACAACUACAGGGCAUGAACGGACAACAACAACAACCGAAUUUUAACGGUGGAACGGGUGGGCCCAUCCGCAAUUUGCCCAUGAACAAGACGACGAGAGGCUUGCCGCCCGUCCUCCCCGAUCCUUCCGUCAUCCAACAGCAACAGCAGCAACAUCCCGGUCAACCGCCCCUCAACAACAUGAUGAUGAUGAACGCCGAUGCCAACAACCACCUUUACGGUCACGCCAACAACGUUGCCGCGCCCCAACAAGCGACGACAGCGCCAACUUCCGCACCCCUGUCUUCUCACUUUUCCUUUUUCGAGAUGGGCGGCAACAACAGCAGCAGCAACAACAAUCGACAGGGCCCAGUCUCAUCCAGAAGAUGAUGGGCGGCGGUGGAGGCGCUGCCACCGCGGCCGCUCCGACGACGACGACGUCCGGCACGACGGAAAAUCCAGUCGAGGGCCUUUUAUUCAAAGGAAAAGAUUUGAUAUUCAAGAAAUUCGGCCUCUAAUGAAAACAUUUAGUAACAAUAACCUUUUUGCACAACAACAACAACCAACUCUGCCAUAAUAAUCGAUUCGAGCUGAAAUAAUCCCCUUCAAAAAUGAAACCAAAAAUGGAUAGCGCGAAAAACAAUUUGAAUUUUGACGAGCCAAAUGGAUGAGGUCAAACACUUUUUUUUUUAAUUGCAAAGUUUCCCCAAAAGUUUUGUGGAUGUAAGAUAUAAAAAUACGCACACACA